GGGCCCCGCCACCGACGCCCGCGUGUUCCCGCAGAGCUUCGGCGGCCGGAGGAGCCCGCUCGAGGCACGGGCCUGUUCGAGGCGGCUAACCGGGAGUUCGAGAGCACGGAGUCAGGAAGUGACACUUCAGACAUUUCAGAAGAGCUUUCUACACAAGAUGGAGAGGGAAAGUCCCCAGGAAAAACGACAUCGGGUUUGAAAACUGGACCAGGGGACUCUGCCCUCCCUGACACACCGUUACAGAGGGAAGAAAGACCAAGCACCUGCUCUUCUUCCAGUGUGGUGGGAGAAGUAGUAAAAACUAUGCAGCACUUCAUGGAGAAGUUCAGCAUGGACCUGCUCACUGUCACACAGGCCUUUCUGAAAAACACUGGUGAAGUGGAGACUACUUUAUACUUCCUGCAGACAGGGCAGCGCUUGGAUGGGUACCCUGUAUGGAGCAGAGAGGAUGAUUUGGAAUUGCAAAAAGAUGAUGAACAUGUCAGAAAUAAAUUGAUAGCAAAAUUUGGAGCUGAAAAUGUAGCAAAACGGGUAGUAUUUAGGAAAAGUUAGAUAGCAAAGCAGAGGGGAAUGACUGAUCUAGGACUGUGGCAAGAACUAAAAGUAAUUUCAGAAGUGCAGAUGUGAUGGAAAACAAUGCAACAUUCUGAAAUUUCAGAAAUGCUUUAAAAUCCUUUUUGUAAAAGACCUAUUUUGUAUUUAUUUUUCUAAUACCGAGUAGGCUAAACAUUUAAAAGCAGAAAAUGGUGAAAAGAAAGGUUCUGUACAGUAUCAAGUUUUCACUGAAAGUUUGCUUUAAAGUGUGUGUCUAGUCUAUAAAGCAGCUGACAGUCCUACCUGUACGUUGCUGUGUGCAAAGGAUUUUGGAUAGGGUUGGGACUAAAAUCUGACAGAAUCACAUUAAGUGCUCUAACCCAUAAUGCAUUAUUAGUGCACAACAGCAGCCUGUCAUGUGCCUAACUUCAA